CUGAAAAGAACUUUGACACAUUAUUUGGGCUUUGAAAAUGCAAUAAUACAUAUGAAAUCAAGAAAAAUGUUUCUUGGCUAUAAGAGAUAAACCUUGAGAGACCCUACAAACAAACAAUUUUCAUAUGUAAAAUAUGUAUGAAAGUGUGUCCAUAUGAGUAAUCCAGACGUGGUAUUCCCCAAGUCAUUUUCAUAGUAAUCGUCGUCAGACGAAAGGUUGCGUUAAUGCUAGGAAGCUAUAGUUUUAAUUUACUAAAUUCUCUCCUCUAUAUAUAUUAUUGUAUACAUCAAGUGAUACAUUGAGAUCUUUAGGCCAUAGAUGAUCACUCUGUCUUCAGAGGGCAAAAAAGGUUGAGAAAUUUGUUUCAAUGGGUUGGCUUUUCUGUAGAAUCGUCGUUUUCUUUCUUCUCGUGCUUCAAUUUAAUAUAUUUACAGAGGCUCGACUUGUUGGAUUGAACUAUGGAUUGCUAGGGAACAACCUCCCACCACCAAGCAAAGUUGUUGCACUCUUGAAAUCAAGAAACAUUACAAGAAUUCGCCUCUUUGCUCCGAAUCACACUGUCCUCAGAGCAUUAGAAGGCUCUGGAAUUGAAGUUAUCCUCGGAACCCUCAAUGAGGAUCUCAAAAAUAUUUCCAGUGAUGUUACAUAUGCCUUAAGCUGGAUCACAAGUAAUGUAGAACCAUACUCAGACACAAUUAAUUUCCGGUGCAUAUCAGCUGGCAACGAAGUCAUACCUGGUGACUUGGCAGAUUUUGUGUUACCAGCUAUGAAAAAUCUCCACACUGCCUUAGCAGCCUCUAAUCUGAUCAAUAUCCCAGUAAGCACAUCGGUUCCAACUUCAGUUCUCGGGACUUCAUACCCUCCUUCAAAAGGGGAAUUCGCAGAGAAUGUGAACUCUAUAAUGACAUCAAUCACAGCUUUCCUAGCAGCAAAGAAGAGUCCUUUGCUUGUCAAUGUGUACCCUUACUUCGCAUACAUUUCUAACCCGAAUGACAUCCCAUUGUUCUAUGCACUAUUCAACAGUACUGAGGUGGUUGUGCAGGAUGGGAAGCUCGGGUACAAGAACCUAUUUGAUGCCAUAACUGACGCAGUUUAUUCCGCGCUAGAGAAGGCAGGGGGUGAGUCUCUGGACAUUAUCAUCUCGGAAAGUGGAUGGCCAUCUGAUGGAAAUGGUGGCAUUGCAACAAUACCAAAUGCUAAAAUGUAUAACAAUAACCUUGUUGAGCAUGUUUCAGGAUCAUUGGGCACACCAAAGAGGCCUGGGAAGAGUAUAGAGACCUAUGUGUUUGCCAUUUUCAAUGAAAAUCUCAAGCCUCCUGGGACUGAACAGAACUUUGGCUUGUAUUACCCAAAUAUGACACAGGUUUACCAUCUAAACUUCUCUCAAUAGACACCUUUGACAUAUGGAGGCCUAUUUUUCUUCUAUAUUACCAAUAAUACCCUCUUUCUCUUUUCUUUUCUUUUCUUUCCUCUUUUUUUUUUUUUUUUUUUUUUUUUUUUUUUUUUUUUUUUUUUUUUUUAGAUUU